UGGAUGGAUGGAUGGAUGGAUGAGUUUGACAUUUCAGUAUUUUUCGUAUUUUGAUUUUUGAGUGGAGAUAAUAAUAUUCGGGCAUUCGGUUAUAAAAGUGAGAAUACCAAAAACAGUCGGCAAUACACAUUUUCCAAUCUUCAGAAAGAUCAAAACUGAGAGAUCUGAAAAAUUUGAUAAUUGGGAAAAAUGUAUUCUGGAUUAGAGGUGAAGGGUGACAUCGAAGAAGGAACACUAUACCCAGGAUUAGGGUUUGGCGAGAAUCAAUUGCGUUGGGGUUUCAUUCGCAAAGUCUAUGGAAUUCUCUCUGCUCAGAUCGUUUUGACUACUCUAGUCUCUCUCCUCACCGUCCUCUAUACUCCCAUCAAUGAAACUCUUCGCGGAAAUUCUGCUCUUCUUCUCUUCUUCGCUUUCAUGCCCUUCGUCUUGUUGUGGCCACUUUAUCAUUACCAGCAAAAACAUCCACAGAACUUCAUAUUCCUGGGACUAUUUACUGUAUGCAUAAGUCUAACUGUGGGAGUAGCGUGUGCAAACACUGAUGGAAGAAUUGUGCUUCAGGCAUUGGUUUUAACAGCAGCUGUUGUUUGUUCCCUAACUGGUUACACCUUUUGGGCUGCUAAGAAGGGCAAGGACUUCGGCUUUCUUGGACCUGUCUUGUUUGCAAGCCUUGUCGGCAUUGUUUUUGCUGGACUUCUGCAGGCAUUCUUCCCAUUUGGGUCUACAACUACUGCCAUCUAUGGAGGAAUUAGCGCCAUAGUCUUCUCAGGAUACAUCGUUUAUGACACCGAUAACUUGAUAAAACGAUUCACUUAUGACGAAUACAUUUGGGCUUCUGUUACUCUCUACCUCGAUAUCCUCAACUUGUUCCUCACCAUCUUGCGCUUGUUGAGGCAGGGCGACAAUUAGAUCCCACUUUUUCAUAAAAAGCUGCCUUGCUUAACCACAAAAUCGUGUAGAUGCUUUUUGUGAAUAUGACAAGACUCCCAGUAUACCUUGUGUAAGAAUUAAGCAUUAAUUGGAUUUAAAACAUGUCUGCUUGAAUGAUUUGUACGUGUUGGCGUGUUGCUGAUGGCAAACACUAUAUAAGUAUCAAGACUGGUUUUUGUUGUAUGUACAAUUUAUGGUGAAUAGUACAUGUGUUGAUCA